UUUUCAGCUCUUAUUAAGACUUCUCAUUUCUCUGGUCUUCUCAUCCUCCAAAUAGCUUCUGUAUGGUUUACAUAUAUUUAUGUACAUGAUUCCUCAAUUAUAUAUACUUGCAAUUGUUCCAAAUUCCUCAAUUAGCAUUCUUUUCUUUAUUUGUGUUUUCAACUUCCGAUCAUGAGAUGUACUUAUGAGUUUUUGGUUUUGCUCAACUAAACAUGAGCAGUCAAAUACUAUGGUUGACUCCUUUAUCUAUUAAUGGGAAGCAAGUAUUCCAAGGCAACAACUUCCAUAAAUGAUGAUACUACUUAUGGCGUUCCUAUUGAAAGUUUUCUAAUUCCUUUUGUAGAUUUGGAGGAAGCAACUAACAACUUCGAUGUGAAGUUUCUCAUUGGAGAGUGUGGCUUUGGGAAAGUUUGCAGGGGUGUGUUGUGUGAUGGCACAAAGGUCGCCUUGAAAACCUAUAAUCCUAUGUCCGAACAAGGUAUUGUAGAGUUCCAAACAGAAAUUGGGAUGCUCUUUCGGCUCCGCCAUCCCUAUCUCGUUUCAUUGGUCGGAUACUGUAAAGAAAGAGAUGAGAUGAUUCUAGUUUAUGAGUAUAUGGAGAAUGGGAAUCUCAAGAGCCAUUUGUAUGGGACAGAUCUUCCCACUAUGAGUUGGGAGCAGAGGCUGGAGAUAUGCAUCGGGAUAGCAAGAGGUCUGCAAUACCUUCAUACCAACGCAGUUAUACAUUGUGAUGUCAAAUCUACAAACAUAUUGCUUGAUGAGAAUUUUGUGCCAAAAAUUACUGAUUUAGGACUAUCCAAGACAGGGCCUGACCUUGAUCAAGACCAGAUUAGCAUACUCAUGAAAGGAACUAUGGGCUACCUUGACCCUGAAUAUUUUAAUAGGGGACAACUGACAGAAAAAUCUGAUGUUUAUUCUUUCGGUGUUGUUUUAUUCGAAGUUCUUUGUGCUAGGCCUGCCAUAGUUCAAACUCCUCCGAGUGGGAUGAUUAGUUUAGCUGAAUGGGUAGUGGAGUCGCAGAAGAAGGGGCAGUUGGAACAAAUCAUAGAUCCCAAUCUUGUGGCCAAAAUAAGACCAGAGUCCCUCAGGAUGUUUGGAGAAACGGCGGUGAAAUGCUUAGCUUUGUCUGGUGAAGAUAGGCCAUCAAUGGGUGAUGUGUUGUGGAAACUGGAGUAUGCACUUUGUCUCCAAGAGUCUGUUAUUCAACAUGAUCCUGACUGCAAGUCAAUGAUUUCAGUCAUUUGAUUCUCGGAUCUGGAUGAUCUCAUCACGUUCGGAUGAUCUAUGUGCUGCUGAAUAGA